AUGUCAACAACAAACCAAAUCAAUCUUUCGACCGAUCGUUUUGCAGUGAAUUUCAAUCCAAACACUCACAUUGCUGAGGUGAUUCUCAAUCGUCCAAAACGAAUGAAUACCAUGGACAAGGCCUUCUUUUCCGAAUUUCUUAAAAUCAUCCGAGCACUCGAUGAAAACAAGGAAGUGUUUGUCAUCCUGAUCAAGAGUACUCCCAUUGAUCAAUGUCCACAUUUCAGUGCAGGAUUAGAUUUAAAAAGUAUUACCAGUGAUUUAAUGCCUUCCGAUGAUUCUAGCACUGAACUCUCUCCAGCUGUCUCUAAUUUAAAACUUUCUGCCAUUAUUUAUGAAAUGCAACAAGCGUUCCGAGCAUUGGAAAAGACCAACAAACCUGUCAUUGCUGCUGUGAAUGGAAUGUGUAUUGGUGGUGCUAUUGAUUUGAUUACUGCAUGUGAUAUUCGAUAUUGUACCAAGGAUAGUAUGUUUUCGAUUAAGGAGACUCGUGUUGGAAUUACUGCUGAUUUGGGAACAUUGAAUCGAAUUCACAGAAUUGUUGGAAGAGGAUUUGCAAGAGAAAUGGCAUUCACUGGAGAUGACUUUGGAGCUGCAAGAGCUCAUCACUUUGGAUUGGUCAAUCAAGUGUUUGACACUCAAAAAGAAAUGUUCGAUGCUGCUCAAAAAUUGGCCCUCUCGAUUGCUUCCAAUUCUCCACUCGUUGUUCAAGCCACAAAACAUGUCAUGAAUUAUGCUGAAGAGCAUAGCAUUGAUGAUGGUUUGGAUUAUGUUCGAUUAUGGAAUUCUGCAUUCUUAAAGUCUGAAGAUUUGACAGAGGCUUUUAUGGCCUUCAUGGAGAAGAGAAAACCAAAAUUCCAAAACCGAUUGUGA